UAUGCGAUUACAUUAGCAACAAAUAAUAUCAAUAAAUUAUUUAUGAAUCGUGUUGGUUUAGUUGUUCGUUGGAUACCAUAUUCAGAGGAAUCAGAAAUUGAAAAUUAUUCAAAUUGCAAAAUUUUAAUUAACAAUUAUCAAUGGUCUCAGUGGACAGAAUUCGAGAAACAAACUGUUCAACAUUGCGGUAUUAGCACAUAUAUUCGAUAUUAUAAUUUAAGAAUUAUAAAAGCAAUUCAAACUAAAACGAAAAAGACAUUAUCAACAUAUUGUCCUGCAACAGUGCAGUAUAAACAAACAUGGCAACGUGCAUGUAAGUUUCGUUUCAAUAAAAUAUCACGGUAA